AUGAAAGGACUCACUGACAACCCCAGCUACAUCAUUGAACUAAUGGAGGGAGGAGUGACGCUCGAGGACAUCAUUGAUGGACACAUCUAUGAACAGGCUCUGGGUGAGAAGAAUGCAUUUGUAGUGGCGGACCUUGGAGCCCUGAUGCGACAGCACGUGUGCUGGCAAAGCACUGUGCCGUAUCUGCAGCCUUACUUUCCAGUCAAGUGCAACAGCAAUCCUGCAGUGAUUGAGGUGUUGGCCUCUUUGGGACUCGGCUUUGUGUGUGCUAACAAGGCUGAAGUGAACCUGGUACUGGAGAAUGGUGUCCCACCAGAGAAUAUUAUUCUAUCAGGUGUUUGCAAGCAGCUGGCUCACAUCAAGCAUGCAGCCAAGAAUAACGUCCAGCUCCUCGUUUGUGAAAAUGAAGCCGAACUAGCAAAAAUUUCUCGACUCCAUCCGAGUGCAAAAUUGCUGGUGCAGUUGACCACAGAUGCCCAUGCAGCUGAAACCAGUAUGGCUUUUGGGUCUUCUUUAAAGAGCUGCCGCCAUCUUUUGGAAGCGGCGAAGGAGCUGGGAAUCCAGGUGGUUGGGGUGACAUUUCAUAUUCCCACUUCAUGCCAAGACGCCGAAGAGGCCUACACCCAUGCACUGUCGGACGCUCGCUGUGUGUUUGACAUGGGGGAGGAGCUUGGCUUCAGCAUGGACAUCCUGGAUAUUGGUGGGGGUUUUAGCGGAUCAGAGUGUCAACUCAAACAGGUUGAGUCAACAAUAAGGCCACUGCUGGAUGCUUACUUCCCACCACUGUCUGGGGCACAAAUGUUUGCAGAGCCAGGCAACUUUUAUGUAGCUUCUGCUCUAAGUCUGGCAGUUAAUGUCAUUGGCAAAAAGUUAGCAACUUGUCCCUGGGAUGGUCCUGUUGAGGGCGACAACGAUAACACAGAGUUCCUGUAUUUUAUGAAUGAAGGCGUUUAUGGCUCAUUCAGCCCAAAGCUUCUGGGAAACUCAAUUGCUGCUCCUACUGUGCACAAGCAUUCGCUGUGCACUGAAGAAGUGGCAUAUCCCUCCACCUUGUGGGGCCCAUCUCUGGAUCAGCUUGACCAAGUGGUGGAGCGCUGCCUGCUGCCGGAGUUGUUUGUAGGGGACUGGCUGAUCUUCUCCAACAUGGGUGUCUUUGGUCUGGACCAGUCCACCUGCCUGUCCAACUCGUCUCAGCUGCCUGUGUACUACACUGUGUCCGUCUCUGACUGGGAUGACCUGCAGGAGGCUGGGGUUUCAUUGGACAGUGCCAUCAAGAUGUUCUCCUUGGGCCAGUACAACGCACACGCACACGGGAAACCGGAGCAGUCAUCAGCGGAGACUGCGACCACUCUCCACCCCACUGCAUUCAGGGAGGCACAUGUGGAUGGACAGGGGAAAGGUGACCGCGCGGUGUCUGCAGUAACCUACAUCAACUGUCCAACUUUAUCACACACCCUCUCUGCCAGCCUACUCUCAUCUUCUGAAGGAAAAAUGUAUCAACUCCCAGUGACCAAUGUGGACAAAAUUCGGAAGGCUCGAAAAUCUGUAAAAAAGGUCCUUGGUGACAUCGGCCUUGAGGAUUGUCAGGAAUAUAUCAAGGUUCUUGAUGAAAAUGCGGAGAAAGAUUCAGAUGAUGAGGAAGCUUUUGAGGACACUGAAUGGGUAGAUUUCACAGAUGGAUUCAAUGGAAAAAUGGAGAAGAGGUGGCCUUAUCGCUCUCGGGGUCUGUGUUGUGCCAUGUGCAAGUACUCCACACAGAAUAUCUACAACUUCAGGAGUCAUGUCUCAAGAUGUCAUUCCUUUUUGCAGUCCCUCUGCUCCCUUGCGAUGUGCACACAGUGCACCUUCACCGGUCAUCCCAAGACGGAGGCCUUUAAGUGCAUCUACUGUAACGGCGUGUACACGGGGAAGGUAACGCAACAGGCCGUGAUGCUUCACAUUCAGCGCUGCCGUUGUUGUCCCAAACAGCUGCAGACCAUCAAAACGGCUCCAGAACCACCAAGAAAAAAUAUAACCGCAACCGUUCCUGCAAAACCAGUUCAACAGAUCGCAUCCAAAUCGACUGGCGUUUACUUUGUUCAAAUGCCGCAGGGGAUGACUAUUAAACAAGCUUUAGCGCCUGCCCCAUCUCAAGUCGCACGACCAGCGCGAAAAGAACCAGACGUGCAGCUUAAAACCCCCGAAGAGUUGGAGUCUCAAAAAAGAAUAGAAGCGGCUUUGAAGGCGGUCAUGGAGGCCAACAAACGAGAGCGGGAAGAAAGAGCUGUCAAGCGCCAAAAGAUGGAGCAUGAAAGGGCGGAGAGGGCCAAAAUAAGACAGGAGCAACGAGAGCAGGAAAGCCCUUCUCCCGAACCUCAGAUUAACCCAGAUGUUAAGUUGGCUUUAGAACCCACAGCUACAGAGCGCCGCAACGAUGACGAACGGAGACUGUUUUGUACUAAAUACUUUAACCGUAAUCCAUAUGCAACUAAAGCAGAGACUGAGGAGCUGUGCAAGAGGCUGUGCCUAACCAGGGCAGAGCUGGGGGCCCUCUUCGGCGCGAGGCGUUCAAAGUGUAUGAGAAGCUUGAAGAACCUCAGGGCGGGAAUUCUUCUUGGCUUCAACAUGGCUGAGCUGGGGAAGGUCAAACACAACCUGGACAUUCCCGAACAGAAGCCGCAGGACAUCUCCGAUCAAACUGAGCCGGAGACGGAAGACUCUGAAGACGAUGAUGAUUAUGACGAUGAGCCGCAGCAGAGGAAGUCAUCAGAGAUGCCCAUGGAAACGGAUCAACCACUGACAUAA